AGCUGGUUUCCCCCAUGACUAUUUUAUCCCACAGCAAAAUCUCUUUGUUUUACCCACAAAACUGUUUUACCCAAGUCCGUUCUCAUAUACCCUGGGAAUGAACUUUUGAAGCACGCCACUGGUUCCUAUGGGCCAGUGUAGUCCACAGUGAAAAUGCUGCCCGAAAUGAAGCUCUCCCUAGCGAGGUGUCCGCAUGUAGAAUAAGACUAAUGGAAUAAUUCAAGCAUCCUCCUGCCGUUCCAGACUCAGUGUUGCCAUACAAAAGGGACCAGUGAAGCCACCAUGUCUUCUGCAAAGCCAGAACAAAGCAACACAUCCUCAGGGAUCUCUGAUGAUAGCUUGGAAGGGGAGAAUAUUUUAAAGAGAGUCAGCAGUCUGCCCUUGGUUAGCUCUGUCUGUGAUCUGGUUUCUUCAAACUACACCUGCAUCAAAGCAAAAAGUGCCUACCUUCAGACUGUGUGUGAUGAAGCAGAGAAAGGGGUGAAGGCCCUGUCUGGGGCAGCAGCCAGCAGGGCACAACCCAUUCUGACGACACUUGAGCCUCAGCUUGCAACAGCAAACAAAUAUGCCUGUAGGGGCUUAGACACAGUGGAGGAGAAGCUGCCUAUCCUUCAACAGACAGCUGAUCAGGUUGUCUUCGAUACCAAGGAGUUGAUGUCUUCUAAAGUCACAGGUGCCAAAGACGUAGUAACCCGCAGACUAUCAGGAAUGGCCUGUAGAACCAAAGACGCCGUACAGGGCAGCAUGAGGAUGACAACAUCCAUGGUAACCAGUAGCAUGAGUGUUGUGAUGGGAACGAGAAUGGGCCAGUUGGCCAAGAACAGCGUGGAAGCCGUGCUGGUCAAGUCCCACGCGUUUGUGGAUCACUAUCUCCUCAUCACAGAUGAUGAUAUGAGUAAGAACUCAGUUGAACUUAGACCGUGUUGCGGAAGCCAAGGGGAGGCUCCUGGGCAGCCAGCAGAGGAGUUGCUGGUAACUUGUGAUGGCUACAUGGGAUGCUUGAUUUCCCUGCUGAACAAGUGCCAGCGCUAUGCUUCCCAGCGGUCUCAGCACCAUGCUAGGCAUGCCAGCUGGAGCCUCCAAAGAAUCUUCCACCACCACUAUGAGGAAUGGAAGGCUUGGCUGGUGGCCCUGUACUAUACAAUCACCCUGCCUCUGAGAACCGCCUACCUGAUCAUCCUGUUCACCAUUGAAGAGCUGGCAGCCAAGUUUCAAGAGAAUGUGCCGCAAGCCUCUUAUCUCCUGGAAGAACUCCAGACAGCACUCCUAGCCAUAGAGUGCCUCCAGAGCCUCUGCAGGAGAAUCUUCAGCCGGGUGUGGGAAAAGAUGUCAGAGGAGGAGAACUUGAAUGCCCUCCUGAACUAUGUCGCCCAGACCUUACCCUUUUGCUUCCUUGCGAGCUACAGCAAAUACAGUACCUGUACGGACUGCACCAUGAGGGCAUUAAAGAUCAUACAGAAGAUGCAGAUGUCAAAAGAAAACCUCAUGGAACUGAAGGAAUCUGGCAGCGGCUUCGUGGCGGCAGCCUCCUGAGCCACGGAUCUGGCUUGUCUGUGGACGACCAAAGUGUGCAAAGUGAAUCCACGUGAAUGUUUUCAAGGACUCGUAGAUUAGAUCCUAGGGCAACAACAAUCUUGCAGUAAAAUAAGUGAAUCAA